CCCACAGAGGACAGAUCAGAAUGGAUGGUGUCCCUUUGAAGAUGCCUCAGGUUCCUGCCUUACAGGAAGUCAAUGAUGUCACAGUUACUCUGCCUGAUUAUCUGUCCAUACUGCAGGAGACAGAGUAUGAAUUCAGCUUGGAGAACUGGGUGCUAACUGGACUACAAAACGGGUUCACCAUCCACCAGCAGCAACCUCAGCCCUCCUCCUCCUCCUCAUCAUCAUCAUCAGGACUUUUGCCUUCCUGUCCACCAUACUGGAUGAUGUUCAGCAGUCCGCAGCAGAGCCGCCUGGCUAGCCGCCACAGCUCUGACUUCUGGGAGCCCAACCCUCGACAGCGCUCCAACAGCCUGAACCCUGCGGUCCUGCGCGCCAAGUUUACCAUCUCAGACUCUGAGGAGGAAGGAGAGAACCCCACACAGGAGGUCAAGAUGGAUGCGUCAGAGAAAGCUGGCUCAGGGAGUGCUCGCAGCGCAGUUUUCUGUCAGAAUGGUCGGUGGGAAACACAGAAAGCGUUUGUCCCUGACCUUUUGAGCCCCCUGUCCUGCCUGAGCAGCCUGCCUCACCAGCGCAGGAAGAACCUGCGUCAGUGUUCCCUUUCAGUGAUGGACUGGACCCCACAGCAGGAGUUUGACACAUUGAGCCGGACCCAGAGCUCCUCUUCACUCGGAGCUGCCAAUACAGUCCACGCAACCACCAGUAAUCAAAAUCCACACAAUAUGAUGCCUCGCAGGCCAGAGUCCAGAAGAACCCCGGACACCACCUCUGCUGUUGACUCAUUUGCAGAGCUCCUGUCGGCCCUGAGCCCAGAGGAGAGGGAGCUGCUGGGGGCCGUCACUGCUCGAGGCUACCCCCUCCAUACUGCUAUCAUCGCUCUGCAGAGGACAGGGCAGCAGACCCCAGAUCAGAACAGAGUGCGACUCAGACAGCAGGAAAAACAGAUGGUGGGGAAAAUAAAAGAAGUUUCACCUGAGAACAAGAGAAGAUCCACCAAAACAAACACAAUCGUCAUUUGA